AUGUUUAAGUCGAGAAACUCGCUGCUAGCAGUGUUGUUUGCACUGGUGGUCCUCUGUCUGGCGUUUGCCGAGGCUGCUCCUCAGCGUAACAACGGCAAUGGCAACAAUGGCAACGGAAGCAAUGGAAAUGGUAACAAUGGAAAUGGUAACAAUGGAAAUGGUAACAAUGGCAACGGCAAAAACAACAACGGCAAUGGUGGCAACGGUGGCAAGAACGGCGGCCAAAAGCUCACUGCGCAGGAGAAGGCUGCGCAGAAGCCUGGUGGCAUCUCCACUGCCAAAGAUGGCUCUACUACGCUCGACAUGACUGUCCAGAUCAAUAAUCUUCCUAUCCGCUUCAGAGUCAGCGCACCUGCCGACCAGUUCACCGCGGCGUCCGGCGUGCAGGGCGCACAAGCCGCCCCCAACACCGAUGGCGCCAUUGGCAUGAACGUGCUGCUUCACGGCGACGGUGGGCAGUCCUUCUUCGCAUUCCCCAACGAGGGUGUCAACUCUAACCUUAUGGGCGUCGCGGUGCUGGCCCCCGACCCGAACCUGAAAUGGGGCGGCGCUGACCAGAACGGCGUGCAGCGGCCGCAGGGGGCCGAGCACUCCGCGGCCGUCAACGAGCUCAUCACCAACGUGCUCCCAGAGAUGGUGACAUUCAACAAGUCCAAUGUCUUCUUCAUGGGUGUCAGCGGCGGCUCGCUCACGCUCGCAGGCUUCUUCAUGCCCGCCUUUAUGGGCAACUAUCCCAACGCCGGCGUAAUGCUCUCGUGCGGCGGGCUGGAGCCGCAGGUCCCGAUUGCAGCCAAUGCAUCGGACGCACUGCAGAACACCAAGAUUCACUUCCAGUCGACGCAGCAGGAGCUGGCGUCGCUGCAGGGCCUCAUCCCCGCGACGAUUAAGGCUUACGAGGCGGCGGGCCAGAAGGCCGGUCUGAGCGACAACCAGAUUAACGCGCUGCAGACGGUGGACAAUACCCCCAACGGAGGGCACUGUGCGUUUGACGGAAAAGACUUUGAGAGCGGCGUGCAGCUUCUCGCGGACAACUAUGCAAACAUCAUGCUGGAUGGCGGCAACGGGCAGCUGCAGGGCACCGGCGAUGUGCUCAAUGGCGUUGUUGGGAAUGAGAAUCUUCAGUUUUCCCAGGGCCAAGGCCAAGGCCAGGGAAAGAAACAGGGUCAGGGACAGAAACAGAGCCAGGGACAGAAACAGGGCCAGGGGCAGCAACAGGGCCAGGGGCAGCAACGGGGCCAGGGACAGGGACGCAAUUAG